GCCUAGAUUACAGAGUGAGUAAAAAAUAAAGAUGUUGUCGUCUUGUGUUUGUGAUGAGUUUUCUUGGUUGUUUCAUUGAAAUGUCAUAGAUGUCGAUUUGUGUUUGUUUUGGUUAGUUUUAACUAGUUAUAAUUUCGUGAGUGUAGUGUAAGAAUAUGUGCACUUUAAAUUUAAUUAGGACGAGUUAUAUAAUGGAUCAAAUAUAAAAAAUGUGAAUCAAUCAUGAAGACAGUUCCUUCUGAACAAGAUUACCAUGACACAGAAAUUCAAGACGAUUCUAUUCAAGAGGCAAACAUAACUGUCCUUAAAGAUGGAUUAAAGGUUGUUGGGAAUCCUUGUCAGGAACACUUACCGAGAAGUAACAGUGGCAGUGACAUUCAAAAUACGUGUGAAACAGAGAACCUUAUUAUUUGUAACCCUGAUCUAGCUGCAAGUUUUCAAACAUUUAAGACAGAAAAACACAAAUUAAACCCUGGGCACUAUCUUCAAAAAGUGUUUUUGAGUAGUGUUGCUCAAAAGUUCAAAAGUCAAAGCUUACCUAGUUGUCUCGAAAAAAAGAAAUUCCAAAAGAAUUUAUAUUCUGAGGCUAUUGAUGAAUUAAAUGAGACAUCAGUUCCUUUAGUUGAAACAUCUGACAAUACUAGUUUUGGUAAUCGUGAUAGUAAAGAAUCAUUUUCGGGUGAUUGGUUUAAAACUUGGCCAGAAAGAGGGGAUAAAGUUUUAAUUCGAAAGGGAGAAUCAUACUCCGAUGAAAAAGUACAAACUAAUAUAAUAUGUGAUGAAUUUAGUGUUUCGGAAAUAUUAGUGAAAGAUAAUGAACUCAAAGGAAGUUCAUUUAACACACAAUCAAAAAGAUCUGUGGAUGGUUGCAAUUCUGAGACUGAUGAUACAUUCUUUGACAUCUCAAAAGAAUCUCAUUCAUGUAAAGAAAAUCUGUUUAAUGGUAGUUUAGAAAGAAGGCCUAUUAAAGAAUCUAAUAAAGCAAAGACAACACAUUCUGCAAAAUUUGAAGGAAGUUCCAAAUCAAUCCCCCUUGACAGACUGUUGGACAACUUUCCAUUAGCUUACAGUCCUAUUACUAAACAAUUACUCCUUAUAAAACCUGAUAAUGAAAGUAUUGUGAAUAUUUGUGGUGAAGAAAUCUACAGACCUGAUUCUCUGAAUGCAAUUACAAGGCGUAAUGCUGAAGAAAAAUUGAACCUGGAGGAGUCUUACAACGAUAAAACGGGUGGUGGGAAGGGACGGACAAGUAACCCUCGAGGUCUUGAUUGUGAUUUAGCUAGUUCUAAUUUUCAGCGCACAAGUGCGGAGAUAGGCUCAUUUUCAAGUACUGUGUCUAGUUUAAGUGAUAAUUCUCCUUCAACAAAUGAAGAUUCUGCUCUUGGAAGUCUAUUAGAUCAUGGUGAUACUUGUUCUCUUGUGUCUGUUGGUGGUUGUAGUGCCUUUUCAGAAGAUUCCAUAGAGGCCAAGACCAAAAAGAAAAGUCUAGCUGGAUUUUUCAGCAGAAAUGUGUUCAACUGGAAGUCGGGAUCGAGAUCGGAGGAUAGCAUCACUCGUAGUGUCGCCAGUUGGAAACUGUUCGGCAAGAGUUCGUCUCCGCAGUCCUCACACACCUCCCUCACAGUCGACCACUAUGCUGAUUCUGAUGGCGGGAGCCUGGCACCGGACUCGCCGUGUAGUGUUCGCUCCAGCAGCUCUGGCCCGAGGACAUUCUCUCACGAGAACAGGGUUGCCAGCAGUUCAGCCCUCAUACAGUUGGACAGGCCUGCCAACCUGCCAGCGAAGAGUGAGGAGGAGGAGGCUCGCCAUCGCCUCGAGUACCAACAGAUGGUGGAGGCUGCUCGCAAGAAAGAGCUGAAGGAGGCAAAACAACGGAAGAAACAGCUCCAGCAACAGUUGAGGGCUGAGGAACAGUUAGCCCAGGCUACAAGAGUGUGGACUCAGGAGAUCCUGCCUAGAUGGGACCAGAUGCACACUGGUAAGAAAGCAAGGGAGCUGUGGUGGCAGGGAGUGCCGUCGUGUGUCAGAGGCAGGGUUUGGCAACUAGCAAUUGGCAACCCUCUCAACCUCACUCACUCUCUGUACGACAUCUGUGUUCAAAGGGCUCAAGACAGACUGCGUAGCGGCGGUGGUUGUGACGAUGAGGAUUCUGACAACAAGGAGGCCAGUAUGCAGCAGAUCCAGUUAGACAUCAGCCGUACCUUUCCCCAUCUCUGCAUUUUUCAGAGGGGAGGGCCUUACUAUGACAUGCUACACUGUUUACUCGCUGCAUACGUCUGCUACCGGCCGGAUGUAGGCUACGUGCAGGGCAUGUCCUUCAUAGCUGCCGUCCUAAUCUUGAAUAUGGAGGCUGCUGAUGCCUUUGUGUGUUUCGCCAACUUGCUCAAUAAACCCUGUCACAUGGCUUUCUUCCACCUCAACCAGCCUCUGAUGGAGGCAUACUAUUCAACGUACAACGAAUUGCUGAGGGAGAAUCUGCCACAAGUCUAUGCCCAUUUCUCUCUCACAGCGCUCAGUCCAGAUCUGUAUCUGCUGGACUGGAUAUACACAGUGUUCACCAAGGCAAUGAGCCUGGAUCUGGCUUCCAGGGUGUGGGACGUAUUCCUGAGGGACGGUGAUGAAUUCCUCUUUAGGACAGCUCUCGGCGUCCUCCACCUAUGUCAAGACACUCUCCUCCAGAUGGAUUUUGUUCAUGGUUCCCAAUUUUUGACAAGGCUGCCAGAUGACCUCUCUGGGGAUCAGCUGUUCAAAAGCAUCUCCUGUAUCAAGAUGGCUGUUGGGAAGCAAUCUUUUCAAGACAUUCUUGCUGCCAAUUCCAUUGAUUGCCAUUGAACUUUCUUUUAUCUGUGUUUGUGUCUUUCCUUAUACUUAAGAGACAUAAUGAUUUUAAAUAUUGUAUGGAGUCACAAUAAUUGUUUGCUUUUACAGAAGUAAAAACAAUACAUCACGCAAUCUAAUUUUACAUUGAUGUGAAGUACAAUAAAACAUCAGUAAUCUCAUAAUUUUACAUAUUUAUGUAGUUAAUAAAAAAUGUCCUAUAUUAUAAGAAUUUAUUCAUUAUUUAUUUUUGCGUAUAGUUUAUUUUAAAAGUAUAAUUCAUUAACUUUGAUUUUAUGACUGCUUCAAUGUUGGUGAUAGUUACAUCUAAAAAACAUAUGAUUACAAUGUACUGUUGAGUUAAUAUUUUGUAAAGAUUUUAAAGACCAAUCUCAUUUUAUCAAUCUUCUAUAUUAUCUAUGAGAGGUAUUUAACUUAUUUUAUAUUGAAGCUUGAAAUAAAAAUAUGUUGAAGAACCAAUAAUGCAUUAACAGAAAUGUUUGAAAAAUUGUGCUUUUGAUUUAAAAAGUACAAUAAGUGUUAGUGAAUCAAAUAUAAAUAGCAUAUCAUUAAAAAUAUAUUAAAUUAGAGAAAUAACAUAUGAAGUAAGAUGUCUGUUUAUGUAAUUGAAAUUUUGAAUUCACAAAUGUUGACUACAUAAACAAUAAAAUAAAUUAAGUGUUGUUUAUAAUACAUAGUUAAUUACAUAAUUUCAUCAUUGCUUUUAUUAUUUCAUUACUAGAAAACUAUUGUGCAAUCAGAACAGAAUAUAGUAAAAUCAUAAAUGUGAGUUAUUGGUAUCUUACAUCACUAUCCAAAAUAUAGAUUCAAGGUUAAUUUUAAAGAGAACAACCUAGCAGUAACUAAAUCCAUAAAGUAAUCUAAUACAUGUUGUGUUCUCUCCUAUACAUAGGUAAAAUUCAAAAAUAUGUGUAAAAUUAACACCUGAAAACAGAUUGUAUAUAUCUAGUAAUAAGAAAAUUUAAAAUUGAAAUAUAACGAAGUGUUAUAUAUUUUUUUUUACUAAUUGCGGUUUGCAUGAAAAAUGAAAGUUAUGAGUUGAGGAUCAUGUUGUUAGGUUGUUCUGUUAUAUGAGGAGUGCCGUCCGUGUAGUCUGUGUCAAUAUGUGAUAUGUUCUCUCCAAGCUUAGCUCAUUAUGCUUAAAGAGAUGUAGAUUUGUAUUCAUUUAAGUCUCCAAGACAGUUAUAAACACUUUUAUAAAUGUUUAAAUCGUGAACUAUAUUAUGAAAGAUGUAAGUUGGUGUGUGUUUUGUAUAUAUUUAUAACAUGAUUUUAGAAGUUUCAUAUUAGUGCAAUUCUUCACAUGACAAUUAUUUAUUAUUGGCAAAAAUUUGCUUAUUGUUGUAUUAUGUAUAUAUUUAUUUUUCAUUGCUAGUCUUGGUAAGAGGUAAUUGUAUAAAUUUUUAACUUUUUAACUACAAAAUAAUCAGUUUGAAUAGGUUUGUUUUUGAUUUUACAAAUACAAAAAAUAUAAUAAAAAUAGUAAUAAACUGAGAAAUUGAAGUAAAGGCAACAAACAUCACUAUUAUUCAAUAUAUAAUAAAAGUUGAUGUACGUGAAGUACAUAUGGGUGUUGAGAAUCUCUUGCUUUAUUUUAAUAUGUGCUGAAAAGAUUUAGAACAUUUUGUCCUAUACUCUGUCCGUAUUUUAUUUGAAACUUUGAACACAAUUGUUGUACUUAACCUUUUCCACUUGGCUUUCUACAAUUUCGUUAUCUGCAGGAUUUCUGAUUUUUGGGUGUUCCCAUGUAUUCUUACUGUAUUUGUAUUUUCAUGCAAUCUGUUGACAUUUUAAAACCAAUCACUCACUAUUUUAUGUGGUGUAGGGAAAGAAAUCAAAAUAUGUAUGGUAUAGGAGCCCAGAAUCAGUUUGCAUUGUAUAACCAUACAGUCUGAAUAUAUUUAAUUCAACAAGAGAAUUUCCUCUAAUAAACAAUCAAUUAUCAGCAAGAGUAUUUUAGGUGGAGGCCAUAAUGUGAAGGUAAAAAAGCUUAAAGAUAUCAAACAUUUUUUUGUCCUAAUUUUCUAAACAUACUGAAAACUGACAGUCAGGCAUGUAAAUGAAAGUCAAAUAAACAUCAACUAACCAUAAACACACUGAUAUUUGGUAGAAAGUUAUGACUUUCAGUCCCUUUAUAUAGUUAUCUUACAGUGAUAUAACAAUAGGCAGUCUACUCAGAUAAAUAAGAUCUUAAAAAAAUUAUAGUUUGAUAUUUUUAACCCCUUUAAUGCCUUUCAGUUUCAAACUCCAUAAAAAUCAGCAGACAUAAAAGAUAGUCUUUUGGAUUUGGAUUUCUUUCUGUAUAUGUUUGGGUUUCUUUUCAAAAGAAAUUUCUGUAUUAAUAUCCUGAAAAACCAGAUUUUGCGAUUAUACAAUGCUAAUUGGCUUUCAGCUCCAGGACUAUUAGUUAGUUGUUGCCUUUUAUUACUGUGAACUCAGCUGUCUUCUAAUAACACCUGUCAGUUAAUAAGCAACAAAUUUACUGUACUUAACCCUUUGAGUGCUGUGGCAUUGGCAUAUCAGACGCAGUAAAAACCUUGUUUAUUGCCGGCGUCAAUUAGCACGACAAUCCAUAUUUAGAUGAUUUCUCCUAACACAGUUGAAAUAUCCUAAUAUUCAAAUAUUAGGUGGAGGCCAUAAUGUGAAGGUAAAAAAGCUUAAAGAUAUCAAACAUUUUUUGUCCUAAUUUUCUAAACAUACUGAAAACUGACAGUCAGGCAUGUAAAUGAAAGUCAAAUAAACAUCAACUAACCAUAAACACACUGAUAUUUGGUAGAAAGUUAUGACUUUCAGUCCCUUUAUAUAGUUAUCUUACAGUGAUAUAACAAUAGGCAGUCUACUCAGAUAAAUAAGAUCUUAAAAAAAUUAUAGUUUGAUAUUUUUAACCCCUUUAAUGCCUUUCAGUUUCAAACUCCAUAAAAAUCAGCAGACAUAAAAGAUAGUCUUUUGGAUUUGGAUUUCUUUCUGUAUAUGUUUGGGUUUCUUUUCAAAAGAAAUUUCUGUAUUAAUAUCCUGAAAAACCAGAUUUUGCGAUUAUACAAUGCUAAUUGGCUUUCAGCUCCAGGACUAUUAGUUAGUUGUUGCCUUUUAUUACUGUGAACUCAGCUGUCUUCUAAUAACACCUGUCAGUUAAUAAGCAACAAAUUUACUGUACUUAACCCUUUGAGUGCUGUGGCAUUGGCAUAUCAGACGCAGUAAAAACCUUGUUUAUUGCCGGCGUCAGUUAGCACGACAAUCCAUAUUUAGAUGAUUUCUCCUAACACAGUUGAAAUAUCCGAGUAACCACAUAAUUAUCUGCAUUGAUAUAUUUCAAUGUAUUGAUUAAUGGGUGUUUUUUAUUCCUGUUAGUCUCAUGUCUAUUUUAUGUUGUUAUGGUCUGUCAGCUGAUGAAUUUGUCAGGUGAGAAUUACACAUUUGGCUAGUAGCACUGUUUACUUCAUUUUGCAAUUGUUUUAUGUAAAAGCAAAACAUAAAUCAAUGCACAAUUUACAUUAAUUAUUAGUGUAAUAAUAUCAAUAUUUAUAUUUGGAUGUUUCUAUAGCAGCGAGCUAUUGUUUGUUUUAUUGUUUCCAGUAUACCUGCUGAGUGCAUACAAUUUUGACAAUCUAUUGUUGACCUUAGCUUAUUAUGGAAAAAGUAUAAUAUUAUACAUGAAUUUUAUUUAUAAUUUCUCCACAUGGUAUAGCUACAUAAAUCUAAAAAAAAAAUAAUACAAAUAGACAAUUUUGAGUGAAACUCAAAAGUUUGUUGUAAAGGUAAAAAAUGUUUGUAUUUUGUAUAUUAUUUUUGCCACAAGACAUAGGUAUCAUAUUCUUCAUGUAUUGCAAAAAAGGGGGGGGUUAACAUAGCGGAUUGGCUAUACCACUCAAAGGGUUAAUACCAUAUUUCAAUAAUUUAACAUUAAUAGUUUGUUUAGUAAUAUUAGCUUAAAGAAAAAUUUGGGUUUGAUAUUUAAAAUAAUUGCAAAUAGUUUCUUUUAAGUUUAAAUUAUAAAUAUGUAAAUUUCUAAUUAAAUAUGCUUCAAACAACAACGAAAUGUUAAAAGGUACAAUAUAUAUAUAUGCAGUAUAUUGUCAAUAUUAAUUAUGUGAGUCUAAAGAGAUAAUCAAUAUUAACCUCUUAAAAGAGGACCAAUGUAUUUUGUAGUAAAUAAGGGCAGUGUGCAGUUUUGGCCAAGGUGGAGCACCACAUGUAUUAUAGGUGAGCUGGUGACCGCACAGUCUAAAAUGCUGGGUUUGGAUCUGAUUUCGAGUUGAGCACAACUCUGAAUCUUGUUUUUAUGCUCUUGUUGUUAUCAUAGCACUUUUAGUUAGUUCUGUACUGACUCUUCUUUAUUCUGUUUCAUAAGAUCCUCACACAAGUCAGUAGCCUAUCAGGAUGGGUUGUGUAAAGCAAAAAGACUUCAAUCUGUCUUAAAAAAAUACAUGUAUAUAUACACAAAAUUUGGUUAAAAGAUUAAGGUGGUACAAGUUGGUUUUUGAAAAUAUAUUUUUAAAUUUGAGAGUCACAGCCCGUAGAAAAUUUCCUGAAGACAGGAAAUAUGGAAAAAAUGUAUUGUAUUACUCCAUGUAGACUUAUAAGACAUUUAAAGUAUAAAUUUUGGGCAAUGUUUUUAAACAAACUGCCAUAUUUUUAAUAGAAUUUUUUAAAAUUACAUCUUUUUAAAUAAAGUAUUACUUAAAAAAAUUAAUUCUUUAUAAUUAAAGACACGUCAUUCCCUUCAAUUAUCUUUCACAUACUAUAAAAAAAAUCAUAUCCUUAUCUCCAGCCAUUUUUCUUUGUGCCUGAUCAUAACAUGUCUCUAAAUACUAUUUUAAUCCUAAAUUUUCUUGUUAAACAAUAUAAAUUUUGGUCUAGUUUUUUUAUCGUCCUGGCAGGUAUUUUACAAAAGAAAUUUAAAAUAACGAUUAAAAAAACUACUCAAUUAAAUACAAAUUUUACCACAUUAAUGCUGACUUACCUUAUUUCUUUACAGGUUUGAUAUUUAAGUAACACUUAGGAAAUGUUUUCUUAUGGUUUUCAAAAUGUGCUUUAUUAUGGUGCUCUGAGUAAUAAAGUCAUUAUAUCAAGAUUGUGUUAGUGUUAUUUAUUCACAAGAUAUAGGAGAUAUAGUAUUGCUGAUUAAUUGAAUGAUUGUACUGCUAAAUAUUUGCUAUUCAGAUUACAAAACAUUUUAUUUUCAGUAAGAAACUUAAGACCAAAUGCUAUCUGAAAUAUCACAAAAGUUACUUUCCAAAAAAUGUAAUACAAGAUUUAGUUUAUUAAUAUUGAUUAUAAAAAAUUUGUUAAUGAUUUUAUCUUUGAAACGCCACAUCAUUAUUUUUGCUGUAUACAAACACUUUUUUUAAUCACGGCUAUAAAAUAGAAAGUUGAAAAGUUGCUACCUAAUAUAACGCCAAACCAGACUGGCUAAUGGCGUGGUCUAGAGAGUAGAGUAGUAAUCACAAGAUAACAGAGUCAAGCAAUGUCAAGUAUGGUUGUUUCUUGAAUGAGUGAUGACUGAGUGAUCCUGUUUUUGCAAGCAGCCUUCCUUCUACCCGACCAUCUGCGGUAGUUCGGAAAUCACCUUUAAGCUGUUGAUGCUCAGAUUCAGUUGUUGUUCAUUUAAGACAAGAAGCUGAGGAAACCUCUUAUUGCCCGUAGUCCUAAAAAGAAUCUCUGAUUUUGCUUUCAAAAAGAGAAAGAAUAUUCUGGAUGUGUAAGUUUGGGGAUCUCCUGUCAAUAUCGUAGGUUAUAUGUACCAUAAGGAUAACAGACACUAUAUCUAAAUCAUGUUACCUUGUGAGAAGGAAAGGCUAGCUUUGUUUCAGCCUCUUCAAGUCAAAGCAGUAAGGGGACAAUACUCUCUCAUGUUUAGGCUUCCAAUAAUUUUCAACAUUAGGUAGCUCCAGUCACUCCAACAGCCAUUCUCUGCAGUAAACUAGACCUAUCAAUCGACUCUUUUACUCAGAUAUCUCAACAUUUGCAGUUAGUGAUGUGCUGCUCUUUAACAUCCAUGGGGUUUUUUUUCAAAUGUAAGUGACAAAACGGUUUAUGCUUUAUUUACUGAAGGGUAAAAUAAUGUAUAAACCAGUCAGAUGAGUCCUCUUGGAGUGGUUCAUUUAAUAUUAGAGUGGUUUUUUUUAGUCCAAACGUCACCUAGUAACUGGGUUUUAUUGCUUUGUAGUCCAAAAUGGGAAGAUACUAUUCAUCAGAAUAGACAAAAAUAUAAUAAUUGAUUCGAUUCAAAUCAUUCUCAUCUGUAGCCUACGUGAUUUUGUUCAUUUUCCAAUAAUUUAGAUUAUGAUCUCACCCACUCUAAAUAGAUAUAAGAAGUAACCCAUUACAAAAUAUUUUAUAUUUGAAUUACUAAAGUAAAGUAAGUGUUUUUAUGAUUUACCGUUUUAUUUCUUAGAAUUUAGUAUAUUUUAGUUUACAAAAUGUGUACUAAAACAAACAAAAAUAAUUUUAAAAGUAUCAAAUGUAACACUAAGUAUGAUGUUCACUUUGAAAACAGGUUGUUAGUUGCAUAAUGUUUUGAUUGUAUUAGUUACACAGGAAAUAAUCAUUCAUACAGAUAUGAUGUGUUGAGAUUUGGGUAUUAUUUCAGUUAGUUUUGAGUUCCAACAAUAGGACUGCACCAUUUGACUUUCAUUAUUACCGUUCAAUCAUUUGCUACUUGACCUCUAACUCCAAAGAUGGCAGUCCGAGCACUCAAUUUUGCAAUGUUUUCAAUUUAUAGCAUUGCAUGAAUUAUCUCUGUGUGACUAAUACAAUAAAAGAUAAUACUUUGUUUCAGUACGAUUAUAUACAUAUCUUAUGCAUGUAGUAAAAUGUUAGCAUUCUAUUUUUUAGAAAUUUAUGUACUACUGUAAAUUUAUAUACAUGGUUGGUUGUAUUUGUACAAACCUUCUUUGAUUAAUGCAGUUGCUUUAAAUUUUGAUUGGUGCUUUAACCUUGCUUGAAAUAAUAUAUUUACUUCUCUUUAUACUCUAACCCCGGUACUUGCUGCAGUUGAUAUUUUUACAACACAGGGCACUGAAUACAGUUUUACAGUACAGAUAAGCACCUUUGAAAAGAUACAGAUUUGUACUUUCAAAGUCUUGUUAAUAAUUAAUUAUUCAUUUACACGCUAUUUCUGUUCGUUCAAUGUAUUUGUUUUUCUCUGCCGAUCCUAUCUGAUUUAUUCAGAAAGUUAUCACUGGAAAGAAGUUGACAUUUAAUUUUAUCUACUUUGAAUUAGUUGUAAAAUUAGAAUACUGAGGUUUUUGUUUCAUUUAUAGGCUGUGUUGGACAGGUGGUUAGUAUAGCUAAUCUGGUUUCACAUUCUUCGUGAAAUCUCAAUAACACCAUACAAUACUUUUUAACACAUUAACGGCUGUGCCGAGGCAACCCACAAGACAACCAUGGUCGUUAUGACAGCUUUUCGCGUGGAGUUAGCCGACAGCAUCACUAUGCAGCUGGUAGCCAUUUUCUUUUGAUUCCCGUUUGUGCUGCACUCUGACAGAACUCGAUAAAAUGAUUUGAACUAGAAAGAGUUGGACAUUUCGCAGGAUGUUGUCUUUUGUUGUAAAGUGUUUCUCCAACUGAGAUUGAAAGAUUUAUCAAUUAUUGACGCAAUUUGUCAGGCCACUUUACCCAACAGGUUGUUGCUAACAUAUAAACUGGGUUAUGUCGUUUGGUAAUACAAAAAAUAACUCUGUCUUAUAUUUUCAUUCAGUUUAUCACAAAUUUUAUUUUGCUUCAUUUUAUAAAAUUAACAAACAUUACUUGUGAAUGUCUCUGAAACUUUUCUGACACAAAAAUGGUUUUUGUGGGCAUUCACUACUUAAUGUAGUCACACCUUAUAAGAUGAUAUGUGUGUUAUAUAUCUUGCCAUAUUAUGUCCUAUUUCUGCAGACAUUCUUUUAUAGCAAAUUUUGAACAAUUUUGUUGUUUAGCGUUUUCUAGCUCUUUCCCCAACAAAAGGAGAUGACAUCAUUUAAUGGGGAUCAGUUGCUGUUAUUCUCAGAGUAUGUGGUUCUUUAUGCACGCCUUUCAAUGAACAGACCAAUUUUUCUUUGAACUGAGUAAUAUUGUAUGACACUAUACUUAUCUUGAUGAUAACGUAUUAAAGAUAUUUUUUAUUUGAUUUGAUUGAGACCACAUGUUUCUUUUCCUGAGCAUUAGGAUUUGUCUUAGAGUUCAGGAAACUAUUGUAAGCCAACCAACUGUUAAACACUGAAGUCCCAAGCGGAAGUUCCUCUCCUACUUUGUGUAACCAUAGCAUUGUCUUUUGUACUGUAGUGCUGUAGAAUGACAUUUGAUCCGAAAGAUCAGUCCCAACUUUUGCCUUAUUGUAGUCAACGAAAAUAUUUUGGUCCACUGGUAUUUUUAGGGUCAAGCACGGCAUAUUCAGACCUAUGUAUGUAUAGAGCAGGUGUACUUCGCUCUUAUCUUUCUAUUUAAUAACCACUAUGCCUGAUUGUUUUCUGAGCACACCAUUUCAACCUUAAAAAGUUUUUGUUUUAAGAAGUGUUUUGACAAAAAUCUUUGUGGUUCUUUCUCAAAGUACCAGCGAGAUGUGUUUGAUAUGACAUCAGAUUGGCAAGUUCAACAUAGGUGUGAUAAUUGUCAACAUAUAGGUUAUGACCUUUAUUCAAACUGUUUGUCAUAAGCUCAUUUACUACUUUGGCAGACAGAAAUACAAUGUGAUUUUUCUGUAAAAUGGCAGUAAAACACUUCCGAGAAUGACUAACAACUUUACAUGUAAAUAUUCGUGAUGGGCUGAAUUACACAAUGCUUUAUAUAUAUGAUACUAAUAAACAAAUCAUCAAAUUGUAGUUAUUAGUGCCCAGUAUAGAGAAAAAAAGCCAAAGUUACAAGAAUCGAAAUUAAAAAUAUUUGGUACUUUACCACUAAAAUGUUAUGUAAGUAGUCGCCAGUUAGCGUGUUAAACUAGACAAAGUUUGUUAUCUUUUGUAUAUAUCUCACAUUCCCAAAUUUAAAUUAUAGUGUCUAUUUCCUAAGUAUGUACAAUUUAUUUUCACAAUUCAUAACUUUAGCUCAUGUAAAAAUAUACACAAUAUAUUUUAAUAUUCUCUAGGUUUUGCUGAACAACAUGACAUCUAUAUAAAUAAAAAUAUAAUGCUGUUUGUAAGCACUUCACUUGAGAAAUGCUGGACUGAUUUGGUUAUUGUUUUGUUUUAAACUGUUUAGUAAAAUAAACCAAAUUAGGUUUUAUGGAAAGAUAACUUUUAAAAGUUGGAAAAAUGUAUGUGUUUUAGAGUUCCCGCAUGAACUAAACAUUCCAAGUGAUUUGAGAGGUAGUAGUGGAUUGUAAAAAGCAAUGAUAAUAGUGUUUGCUAACUUUUACUAUAAACGGUGCCAGUGAUGUAUUUAAUUGAUUUGGUGUAUUCUGACUAUUAUUUUAAAACUACCAUUGGAAUUCUGCAAUUAACCAGGUCUAUUCUAUUCUUCUUAGACUUUUAUUUUUCCCCUUGUAUUAUUUUAACAUGUAUAAUUCAAGGUGUGGAAGAAGCAUUCCUUGAUAAUCCGAAUUGUCCCUUCUGCAGAACAAUUACUUGAAUAAUACAAGUUUUAAAAAGGAAACUACCAAGAAAUAUAAUGUGAGGUAGAUAGUGUAUUUUUAUGCUGAAUCAUCCAUCCCUCACCUUGCUUGCACAUUUGUUUAUUUUCCCAUUUUAGUUUGUAAAUGCAACGAGGCUCAUUUUAUUAUUCCCAUAUAAAAUAUGUAUUUAUUCUCAGUGACUGUAAUUUUGUUUUGUUUUAGUGAAUGAAAAGCAUUGUGCCAUUUCCACAAUGUUUUUGAGAAUCCCUUUGUGUACAAGAUUCUCACAUGGCAAAACUUGUACAUAAGGAAAAAGUUAUUGUAGAUCCAACUAUGGUUGGUUUUAGAAAAUGCUAGGUUGUAAACGUUCGGCAUACCAUCUUUGCCACUUCGCUCUCUCAAUGAUUGUGAAAAAAAGAUAAGGAAAACAUUUUAUAAUCAUUAUUGAAGAAAAUUAAAUGCCUUGUUGAAGUUAAUGUUUUUUAUCAGUUAAUUGUAGUCUACUAAAUUUCACUUUGUCUAACAAUCAAGAAAUAUUUAAAAAUUUAACAUAAUGUAAACAGUGCAGUUAUUUACUAAUGAUAAAAUGUACACCAAUAAUCAGUUAUAUAGAUCGAUGUAAUCCACUUAUUUCACUUGUACAUUUUUGACACAACUAUCGAUAAAGUUUGAAGACAUAGUAUCACACGAAUUCAAACAUUAACAUUUGAUAACACUCAAAUUUGUAUAGUUACCCAUGAUAUUAGCUUUAUUAAGUGGUAACUGAAUUGUGCUUCAAAAUGUAUGCAAAUAUAAAGCAAUGUUUGUGCUACAAUACUAUCUCAGUACAUAUUCAAUUUGACCUGAGCUACAGUUUCUAGCUUGUAACAAAGAAAUAUUACCACAGUUUCUGAAUGCUAAGUAAAUGAGCUUAAGUGAGCAAGCAGCUUCUACAUAGGCGUUGGUUGAACUGUCACUGAAUACCAGGAUAAUCUGAUUAACUAUAAACUGAAAGAAUAGGAAGUAUGUGAUAAAUAUGUAAAUGCAGUAGGUUUCUGAAGAGAGUUGAGCUCCAGCAGAACGAAAUUAUUUAAAUAUGAUCAGUGGGAUCAAGUUUUAAAAGAGAGUAGCAACUGAAUGGUGUGGUUAAAACAAAUAAACAUAUUUUAAAAUUCACUCUAUUCUAUAGUACAAAAAAAAUUAUCAAAUUGUGUAAAAAAAAUGAAAGGUCUAUUGUUGGGAAUUCACUAUGUAUUUAUUUGCUACUGUUAUACAUGCCUUGAACCUUAUUGAAAUUAGUGAAGCUGAUUGAUUAUUGGUACAAAUGAUCCUUCCAACCCAAAUAUUCAAUUAGACAUUUAUAUUGUUAAUAUGUAAUACAGUAAAUAAUAUUUCAACACCUUUUUACUCUUAACAGGCUUAUAAUUUAUAUCAAUUUGAUCACUUGAUGUGUCAAUUAUAUAAAUCCAUCAGCAAGAUACUCAUUAAAUUUGUUAUUUUUAUAGUAUACAUAAUGUAUUUUGUAUAAAUUUUGUGUAUAAGAUUUAGAUGUAGCUUUAAAUAUAUUUUAUUUUGUGUUUGUAAAGUUAUAAUAUUGUUGAUUUAAAGCCAUUUUACUUUUAAAGAUCAAAACAGUUUUAUUUGUUACUGCAAACUUAGAAUAUAAUAUUGUUAUCAUUUGUUAGUUUAUUAUUAUCAUGUAUAUUAUGCCACCUGAAUUGUUUGCCCACAAAAUCAUAUUUAUAAGUGAUGAUUUUAGAAAUAAACAGAUUAAUAUUUA